AUGCCCAAAAUGGAGGGGAAUAUUUAAAAAAAAUUCACAUCUCAGAACAUGGAUUUUUAUAACUAGAAGAAUGAGACCAAAAUAAAGAGAGAUAUUUUUGCUAUAAGAGAAUUAAAUGCUAAUCAAAUUGAAAAAGUCUUUUUAAAGGAAAUCUUAAUGACUGAAUGCUUAAGGUAUUAAAAACAAUCCUGA